AUGUUGGAGAGCUGCAGCCCUUCUGUGGGGCUCAGUCUUGGGAGCCUCGGGAGCACGGCAGCUCCAGUGACAGCACCUGCUCCUUCUGCUGGUUUCGGAGCCGGGCUCUUUGGAUCUAAACCUGCCACUGGGUUCACUCUAGGAGGAACGAACACAGAAAGAGCAACAGCUGUAACUACAGGAUUAGCUCCGAGCCCGCCGGCCACCACCUCUGCAUCCAUGGCAGGCUUCAGCUUAGGCUUCAGUAAACCCGCGGCGUCCGCCACACCGUUUGCGCUGCCCAUCACGUCUGCCACGGCUGGCGGUCUCACGCUCUCGUCCGCUCUGACGUCGACUCCUGCAGCGUCCACAGGAUUCACUCUGAGCAGCCUGAGUGGGACGGCAGCUGCAGCCACCACUGCACCAGCAGGCCUCUCUUUAGGGGGAGCCUUGACGGGUUUGGGAGGGCCGCUUUUCCAAAGCACAAGCACGGCAGCAUCAGGACUUGGACAAAAUGCUUUAGGUCUGUCUCUGGGAACUGCAGCAGCUUCUUCAGCUGCUGGCAACGAAGGCCUUGGAGGUAUAGAUUUUAGCAGCUCAUCGGAUAAAAAGAGUGAUAAAACAGGAACAAGACCAGAGGAUAGUAAAGCACUGAAGGAUGAGACUCUACCUUCUGUCAUCUGCCAGGACGUGGACAACCUGCAGAAAUUUGUGAAGGAACAAAAACAAGUCCAAGAAGAAAUUAGUAGAAUGUCUUCAAAAGCAAUGCUUAAAGUGCAGGAAGAUAUUAAAGCUCUGAAGCAGCUUUUGUCAUUGGCUGCCAGUGGAUUACAGAGAAACACUCUCAAUAUUGACAAGUUGAAAAUAGAAACUGCUCAGGAGUUAAAAAAUGCUGAAAUAGCUUUAAGAACCCAGAAAACACCACCUGGACUCCAACAUGAGAAUACAGCUCCCGCUGACUACUUCAGAAUCCUNGUUCAGCAGUUUGAGGCGCAGCUCCAGCAGUACAGACAACAGAUUGAAGAACUGGAAAACCAUCUUGCCACCCAAGCGAACAAUUCACAUAUCACCCCUCAAGAUUUGUCAAUGGCUAUGCAGAAAAUUUAUCAAACAUUUGUAGCUUUAGCUGCACAACUUCAGUCUAUUCAUGAAAAUGUGAAGGUGCUCAAAGAACAGUACCUUGGCUACAGGAAAAUGUUCUUGGGAGAUGCUGUGGAUGUGUUUGAAGCCAGGCGAGCAGAAGCCAAGAAGUGGCAGAAUGCGCCCAGAGUCACUACUGGACCCACCCCUUUCAGCAACAUGCCAAACGCAGCAGCCGUUGCCAUGGCUGCAACACUUACGCAGCAGCAACAGCCUGCUACAGGUCUGAAUGCAUUCAAGUUAUAG